ACCGGUCCUGGCUUUCUCCUCUCCCGAGGUCACCGCAGUUUUACUGUCCGUUCCGGUUUAUACUGCCGUCACCGACUUCAUCCGACCGUCCAAGCGUCGAGUCCAGCCUCGCAUCCACCGCACGCCGCGAGUGUUUUACCGCCCAGCUCUCGGGCACGGGGUACGGUAAAUUCGAUAACCGGGCGCCUCCCCACUCCGGUCCGAGCAGUGAGCGGCCAUCCUUGUCGCUGCCCGAUAAACCAGCACGUCGCAGCCCGGCUCUCUCCGCCGCAGAUUCAAACCCUAGACGGAACCUCGCGCUGGUCGACGGGAGGGGAGAGGCGUCCGGCGACCUUGCUCGGCGGCUGAUGGCGGAGGACGGCGAGGAGAAGCUGCUCGCCACGGUGCAGCACAUCGUCCAGACCCUUGGCCGCACCGACACCAUGACGGAGGAUAUACUCAAGGUCUUCUCCAACUACGACGGCCGCCUCUCGCUCGACAAGCUCUACGCCACGCGCGCCGCUGCGGCCGCGGUCGGAGGGGCUGCUGGGGAGCGCUCCGUGCCGGCCUCGCCGCCCAUGCCGCCGCCCCCAGUGGCGCCGUCCGCCGCCGCGGCCAUGCCCCCGGUCACGUCGCUGGAGCGGACCGUGCGCACGCUGGACCGGCAGAUCUCGCAGUUCGUCACCAUGGAUAGGCUCAUAUGGGCGGACUCAGCGGACGCGGACGCGUUCCUGGAGGCGGUGGACGACCUCGUCGGCACCGUGCAGGAGCUGGACGCCGCCGGGACCAACCGCGGCCUGCUCGACCGCGCCGACGAGCUGCUGAGCCGCUGCAUGGCCCGGCUGGAGGACGAGUUCCGGGCGCUCAUCGAGCGCCCCGACGACGCGGCGCCUCAGGUGCCCGGUGGAUUCGGGUCUGAUGAGAGCGAGGAGGAGGACUACGACGCGGAUGACGGCUUUGGCGACGAGCCAAUCCCAAUCGCGAGGCCGGUCUCCGACUUCGACAUCGUCAUCGAUGCUCUCCCGCCGGGCUCGGUCUCUGAUGUUCACCAGAUUGCCCGGCGGAUGGUGGACGCCGGCUUCGGCCGCGAGUGCGCCGAGGCAUACGCGGCCGCACGCCGCGGCUUCAUCGACGAGAGCGUCGCUCGCCUCGGCAUACGUUCCCGUACAGCCGACGAGGUCCACUCCUUACUAUGGGAGGAGCUCGAGUUCGACAUUGCUCGCUGGAUUCCAGCCUUCAAGAUGGUGUUUCGGAUCCUAAUCCCCAGCGAGCGCCGCCUCUGUGAUCGUGUCUUCGAAGGCCUCGCUCCGUACGGCGACCUUGCCUUUGUUGCCGCCGUGCGCACCCAGGCGCUUCAGCUUAUUUCAUUCGGAGAUGCAGUUGCUGCUGCCAGCCGCGCGCCAGAACGGCUCUUCCGUGUUAUUGACAUGUAUGAAGCAGUCCGAGACCUCCUUCCUGACCUCGAUCCCGUCUUCUCUGAUCCCUACUCUGCAGCUCUUCGUUCUGAGGUAUCAGCUGUGUGCAACACUCUUGGCUCCUCAAUCAAAGGUAUAUUCAUGGAGCUAGAAAAUCUCAUCCGCCGUGACCCAGCCCGCGUUGCUGUGCCUGGUGGUGGCAUACAUCCAAUCACUCGGUAUGUCAUGAACUAUCUCCGUGCCGCAUGUGGUUCGCGGCAAACACUGGAAGAGGUGAUGGAAGGUGACUUGGGUGCUGUUGGUACAGCGGCUAUUGCUGUCGACCCUGAUCGCCCUACUUCGUCGCUAGCUGUGCACAUAGCUUGGAUCAUGGAUGUGCUUCACAAGAAUUUGGAGACCAAAUCUAAGAUAUACAGGGAUCCACCACUUGCUUCCAUAUUCUUAAUGAACAAUGGGAAAUACAUUAUUCACAAGGUGAAUGACAGUGAGCUUGGGGUUUUGCUUGGUGAUGAAUGGAUGAAGCAGAUGAUGAGCAGGGUGCGCAGGUGGAGUAUGGAGUACCAGCGUGGGGCCUGGGCAAAGGUCAUAUCAGUGCUGCAGACUGGAGGUCCUGGCGUUGGCAGUAUCACGGUGAAGUCCAUGCUUCAGAAAAUGCAGAUGUUUAACAGCUACUUGGAGGAGAUUUGCACGGUGCAGUCAGAUUGGGUGAUUGCAGAUGAGCAGUUACGAGCAGAUGUUAAGUCAGCGAUAGUGGAUUCUGUUAUGCCUGCAUAUAGAGGCUUAAUUGGGAGAUUGAGGUCAUCUCCUGAAGCUGCCCGAGACUUGUUCAUCAAAUACACCCCAGAGGAUGUUCAGGCACGCAUCCAACAUCUAUUUGAAGGAGUGGCCAAGUGAUUAGUUAAUUAUCUGAUUUUAUUGCUAUAGCUAUUUUAGUCGAUAUCACAAGUUAUGGUGACAUUCUGGCUUCUGGGCUCAAUGAUGUGUUAAAAAAAGGGCUGGACUUUGUCUUAGAUGAGGAAAUGCUAUCGUCUCCAGCUAUGUAAAUUUGUAGGUGUUUCUGUAUCAAAUAUCAACUGGUAAUUUUAACCUAAUGUGUCGUAUUGUUUGUUUCUUAUUA